CGAGGCCGAGACACGUGGCCGGGAAGCGAGGGAGGGGUGGUGCUGGUGGUGGUACACCCCCUGGUGUGAAGAGCUUCAUAGCUCAUCGGAUUUCUCGAGUAUAAUAAAUAUCCCGAUGCCCACGUGAGCCGGCACGUUGACAGCUCGCGGGCGAGACGGUGGCCCCUGGAGGCGAGGCGAGGCCGAGACACGUGGCCGGGAAGCGAGGGGGCUCGUGCUGCUGCUGCUGGUGGUGGUGGGCCCCGUGAUCUCGACUCAACCUCGGCAGGCCUUGCUGAGGAACGUCGUCGUCGUCGUGAGAGACGACUUAGAAACCAAGGCGUGAGAGAGAGAGAGAGGCAACUCCGUAAUCAGAGGGGGGCCCUUGGGCCUCCUCCUGCCCCCCCAACUCACAUGGCCGCUCGCCCAGGCGAGGCCCCCGUUCUGCUCGGGCUCCUGGACGGGCCCGUGCCGCCUCGCUCGGCCACCUCGUGGAGCUGCAACAAGAUCGGCGGCGAGCCGGACAGCGUGCCCGGCGUGCCACUGGCGGGACGCACGGCGUGCGGGGCAUGCGGCUCCGCACAGACCCUGGUGGCGCAGCUGUACUGCCCGCUGGAGGGCUCGCCGUACCACCGCGCCCUGCACCUCCUCGCGUGCCCACGCGCCACGUGCUCCACGUCCGCUCGAGGCUGGCGAGCGUUACGUUCUCAGUACUUGGAGCCUGCGCGCGCGGUGCCUGCCCCUGCGCCCACACCCCCGCAGGUGGAGCCUCUGAUGUCCACCAAGGACUGGUGCGAUGGGGCAGACGACUGGGGUGAUGACGUUGAUGGGGACGCAGGGGACGCGCCCGCGCCACCCGCCCCUCUGCCGGACUCCACGGCCCGCGUUCCCCAGCUCCCCCACCCGUUGCCGUCACCGAACCCCGCCAUGGAGCUGUGCUCCGGUAUGGACGGGCUGUCGCUGGGCGGUGGGCGCGCAAUGGCGGCGGCGGCAGCGGUGGCGGCAUCGGCGGCAAUGCCAAGACCGCAGGAAAGCGGCGACCCAGCUCCUCGGCUGCUGGCGUACUUCCUGAACGCGGUGAGCGAGGAGGACUGCGCGGAGGAGGAGGGGGAGGGGGGGGAGGAGGCCGAGCUCACGCAGCACGCUCGCGCGCUGCUCUCCGAGUACCAGCGCCGGGAGGGCAGCGCCGAUGGGCUGGUGGCGGCGCAGCAGCGGCCGUGGCAAGGCAGUGACAGCGGUGGCGGCAGCGGCGGGGUUGGUGGAGCGCGGGAGGAGUACGAGCCGGCGUGCGCACGCCACGGCGACCGCCUCUUCCUCAAAUUCAUGAAGCGGACGGCACGGUGCCCUCGCCAGGUGCUGAGGUAUUCGUGGGGGGGAGAGCCCCUGUACGUGAGCGCCCCCGACCCCCACCUGACCGCGCCCCCAACGCCGUGCCCGCUCUGCGGUGCCCCCCGCGUCUUCGAGAUGCAGCUGAUGCCCGCGCUCGUGUGGCAGCUCAGGGGGGCCGAGGGGACAGACUCCGUCCCGGAGUUUGGCUCCGUCCUCGUCUUCACGUGCGCACGCAGCUGCUGGGCCGAGGCCGCUGGGGGGGGCAUCCCCUGUGAGGAGGAGGUGCGGUAUCAGCCGGACCCGGACCAAGGCCUCUUUCAGUGACACCACCACGGCUGCCGGGGACACGACGAGAGCAACGUCGGGGCAACGACGUUGCCAGCAACAACCACGAUUGCCACGAGCAACAUUGGAAACGUAGUCGUCGCUGCGUUGCCUCCACCACCACCACCACGACUGCUGUGAGCCACUGUGUAAGCUUUCGUCGUCAGCCUUGCCCCGGGACCAGCGUGGUGAAGCGUCGUCAAUCCCCACAACCCCCGCGGUGUGGACAGGUCUGCAUCCAGCAGUGGACUGACGAAGGGUCGUCGCUGCGACAUGGUGCGGCGGUGGCCUCGCGUGACGGGGCUCUGCGUUACGACGAGCCGCGAUUGGUCUGUGGAGCACAUGGCCUCGGGCAGUCACGUGACCCCGACUCUUCUAAAUAAAACAUUUAACUCAU